AUGGAAGCAGGGAAAUUCCUCGGAUUCAUGAUAACUCAGAGAGGGGUGGAAGCCGACCCGGAGAAGUGCCAAGCGAUACUCCAGAUGAAGAGCCCGGGCGAUAUAAAGGACGUCCAAAGGUUAGCAGGACGGCUGGCCUCGCUGUCACGGUUCCUCGGAGCAUCGGCAACAAAGGCCCUGCCGUUCUUCAACCUCAUGAAGAAAGGAAUAGCGUUCGAAUGGACACCCGCAUGCGAGGAAGCCUUUCAGCACUUUAAGGAAAUUCUGGCGGCACCCCCGGUCCUCGGGAAGCCAAAAGAUGGGGAACCGUUAUACCUUUAUCUCGCUAUAACAGGGGAAGCUUUGGCCGCGGUUUUGGUGUUAGAAGAAGGGAGGAGGCAGCAACCAGUCUACUUUGUCAGCAGGACCCUACAAGGGGCAGAAUUGAGGUAUAACAAACUGGAAAAGCUAGCUCUGGCACUCCUGACCUCUUCGCGGAGGCUAAAGCAGUACUUCCAAAGUCACCAGAUUGUCGUAAGAACGGACCAAGGAAUCCGACAAGUGCUCCAAAAACCCGACUUGGCGGGAAGAAUGAUGACCUGGUCCAUCGAACUUUCCCAAUACGACAUACGAUACGAACCCCGGCAAGCCAUCAAGGCGCAGGCGAUGGCGGAUUUUUUGGUAGAAGUAGCGGGGGAUCCGGCCGAAGACACGAACACACGGUGGAAGCUCCAUGUUGACGGAGCCUCCAACCAAGCGUUCGGGGGCGCCGGGAUCAUCUUGGAGAGCCCAGCCGGGGUCGUGUAUGAACAAUCAAUUAAGUUCGAGUUCCCCGUCUCAAAUAACCAAGCAGAAUAUGAAGCCCUUAUAGGAGGUUUGGCCUUAGCAACAGAAGUUGGGGCAACGAGGUUAGAGAUAUGCAGCGACUCACAGAUCGUCACUUUCCAAGUAAACGGGAGCUACCAAGCUAGGGACCCCCUGCUGCAGAAAUACCUGGAAAAAGUCCGAGACUUGAGCCGGAAGUUUGAAGAAGUCACGAUCCAGCACGUUCCGAGAGAAAGGAACACACGGGCAGAUCUCCUGUCGAAAUUGGCCAGCACUAAACCGGGAGAGGGCAACCGAUCUCUCAUCCAGGGGAAGAUGAAAGAGCCGGCGGUCACACUACACCUCUCAAAGCUAAGCCCCUCCUGGCUGGACCCCAUCACCGAUUUCUUAGAAAACGGCAAGCUCCCCGACAGCGAAAACGACGCCAAGAAGCUAAGAAGGGAAGCUGCCAGAUAUGCCAUCAUCCAGGGUCAGCUAUUCAGAAAAGGGUUCAACCACCCCCUACUGAAGUGUUUGCACCCCGACCAGACGGACUACGUUCUCAGGGAAGUCCAUGAGGGGUGUUGCGGCCACCACAUAGGAGGCAAAGCACUAGCAAGGAAGCUAAUCCGAGCCGGAUACUAUUGGCCAUCGAUGAUGGCCGACUCAGUGGAAUUUGUCCGGAAGUGCGUCAAGUGUCAAGAAAACGCCAACUUCCAUCGUGCGCCGGCCUCUGAACUUAGGACCCUUUCCCGUAGGCCCAGGGCAAGUCAAAUACCUUAUAGUCGGUAUCGACUACUACACGAAAUGGAUAGAAGCCGAACCGCUGGCCAGUAUAUCCUCGUCCAAUUGCAGGAAAUUCGUAUGGAGGCAAGUCAUAACACGAUUUGGUAUUCCGGAAGUCAUCAUCUCGGACAAUGGGACGCAGUUCACCGACAAAAAAUUUACAGAAUUCCUCGCCGGCCUGGGCAUAAGGCAGAAAUUCUCCUCGGUGGAGCAUCCCCAGACAAACGGUUGGACAGCAAAAAAGGCGCUUGGGCCGACGAGCUCCCCUCAGUCCUAUGGUCCUACCGAACAACAGAGCAGUCCUCCACUAAAGAAACACCCUUUCGACUAACAUACGGGACAGAUGCUGUGAUACCAGUAGAGAUCGGGGAGCCGAGCCCACGACUACUCCUGAAGGGAGUAGAGGAAACUGUCGAAAAGGACCUGAUAGAGGAAACCAGGGAAAUGGCCCACUUGGCCGAAGCGGCAUUAAAACAAAGAAUGGCCUUACGUUACAAUGCCAAAGCGCUCAAAAGAAAGUUCGAAGAAAACGACCUCGUUUUGAGGCGUAACGACAUCGGCCCGCCAACCCCUGGGGAAGGCAAGCUGGCAGCAAAUUGGGAAGGACCAUACCGAAUCAAAGAGGUAAUCGAAAGAGGAGCAUACAAGCUAGAAAAACUCAACGGCAAAGAGGUCCCGAGGACAUGGAAUGCAGAUAACUUGAGAAGGUUUUAUUCCUAA